AUGGCUGUAGGGGCUGUCCGAGGAUCAUCCAUGGGAUACUUUUGGCCGGCACUGGCGAGACGAUGCUGGGAAACCCGGUCCGACGAGCAUGGAUAUAAGACCUCACAAAGGAUAUCGAUUUGA